ACGUGUUGUGGUCAAAAUUAUGCAAAUCAACGAAGUAGAACCACCUUAAAGGCCGGAGAAGAUAAAAGCAACGUGCCUAGCUUUUCGGCAUCGAGCAACUACCGUAUUCAUGCAGCACUCAAUACUGUCGCUGAUUUUGAUUUUUGGCCCCGGCGCCCUUCAAUUUCAUCCUACAGCUGAAUACAUUGACCGAUGGUGGAUGAAUUCUGCCAAUGUUAAUACCGCCGGUGAUGAUCCACUCGCUAGACGACGACCAAAUACUUCGGGAAUACCUGGUUUCAAAAUGGUAACUAGACGUACUCAUGUGGAGUUUGGAGCGUCGAGCAGCAAAGGGCGUUCAUCUUCCAACUUGAUGCUGAUAGACGGAGCAGCAAAAAAUGAGGGAACUGUUUUGAUCAAUCGUGACGGACGCUGGGGAACUGUAUGUGACGACAACUGGACGCUGAAGGAGGCCAACGUCGUGUGCAAAAUGCUCGGGUUUCCCCACGCACUUCAAGCAACUAGUCGGGACUACUUUUUCUCUCAUGGAAGUUACAACUACGUGAUGGACGACGUGGUUUGCCGUGGUGACGAGGCACAUCUGGAAGACUGCACAUUCUGGUCCGAGCACGAUUGUUUUCAACGUGAGGAAGCCGGAGUUAUAUGCAUUGAUCCAACACCGGUGCAAUGGCAAUACAACCCCAGACAACCCACUUUACGGCAGGUGGACCCGAAACUAUCCGAUUUGAUGCGUAUGCAACCAUUCAUUGCCACAUUGGAAGAUUUAGAGAACAUUUCGUCGCCCGCAUUCGUUGUGGCACAAUUACUAUUGGACCACAAGUUAGUGGGUCCCGUCUGUGUUGAUCGGUUUGCGGGUGCAGAAGCAAACGUCAUUUGCAGAUCAGUUGGACGAGGAUUUGGAACGGGCUACUUACAGGUUCCAGUGAACACUUCCAGCUGGACGGUCAACUACCCAGUGGUUGUGAUCGGGCACUGUUUUGGAAACGAGUCACGACUUGAGGAUUGUGUGGCAUUUGCGGAUCCGAGAGGUGUACCAUGCUCUAAAAGAGAUGUGGGAAUUGCUGUCACUUGCGGCGCAGCCCUUCCAGAUUUGGAACCGGAUUAUGCUGUGUUACAGGACUCCGCGUACAGCACACUGAUCCCAUUGUUUCAAGCACAGUGUGCCUUGGAAGAAAACUGCUUUCCGCCAAAUGUGUACAAUUUGGUGAACCGAAAUCCCAAGCUGGCUUUGUUACACAUGCGAAGACUGCUCCGUUUCUCCUCCAUUAUCCACAAUGUUGGCAAUGAGGUGUUUCGACCACACGAGCCACCAGAGAGAUGGCAAUGGCAUGCAUGCCAUAUGCAUUAUCACAGCAUGAAAGUGUUCUCGUACUACAAAGUGGUCGACAUAGAACACCGUGUCUUAGCUGUCGGUCUCAAGGCCAGCUUCUGUCUGGAGGACAACGCUUGCAAACCUGGUUAUAAACCACAUUUCAGAUGUUCCACUACGCCAUCUACCAAGGGGGAUCAAGGCAUAAGCCCAGGUUGCCAAGACAAUUACUUCCAUGACUACGACUGCCAAUGGUUGGACAUAACGGAUUUACCUCAUGGAAAAUAUACCUUUCACCUGAUCCUCAAUCCGGACUUUCUGGUGCCCGAGAUUACUUACGCAAACAACGGGGUGGCGUGUGAUCUGGUCGUCGGUCGUAAGCACCAUGUCGGUUCGCUGUAUAACUGCACGCUGGCGCAUCCAUACGAUUUACAUUGACUUGAAAACGAAGCAUAAUCGAGAAAAUGUUAGUUCAGGCUCGCAGCUUUAGAGUUGAAUGUACUACAUUUGCACGGCCCUCAGAUUUUGUGCAGC